UUCUGUGCGGAUGAUCACGUGAGCAGGCUCCAUGGCUGACAAAAACAAAGCGGUGCUUCGAGAUCCGAUUCUGGCCUGAACCCUGACGUGAAAAAGAUAGAUUUUUGCUUUGUUUUUUUCCUACAAAUCAUGUAACUGAGCAGCUGCAGAAGAUGCCAGAGAAGUUCAUCCGUCGAUUUAGAGGAGGAAAAUAGCUCUAGCGAGGCUCUGUGUGCAGAGAUUCGUCUCGGAAAACCGGCGAAUUUUGCAGACGAUAGAAAGACCGGGGACGAGGGAAGGUCCGGCCAUUUUUUUUCCGUGACAUUUUCUGCCGACUUUGUGUCUCGGAACCUCCACAUGAGCAGAUGACCACGGUUUUAUAGCGGCCAAAACUCUUGUUAUUCAUUUUGUGAGGAUCUGUACAGUUUAACAAGAUGUCGGAUACGAACUAUGACUGGGCGUACUCGCUGGUGGACUCAUCACGAGUCUCCACGUUUCUCAUCUCCAUACUUCUCAUUGUCUACGGCAGCUUCAGGUCCCUGAAUAUGGACCAGGAGGAGAACCAAGAGAAGGACCAGGACAGUCUACUUUCCACAUCAACUACACCUGCUAAUAAACAGAACGAAAAUGGUCUGUUCUCACUCACAGGUGUCCAGACGAUUGACUCCACCCAGGCAAUGUUCCUGCCCAUCGGAGCCUCGGUCUCCCUGUUGGUCAUGUUCUUCUUCUUCGACUCCAUGCAGGUGGUCUUCGCUCUGUGUACAGCCGUUUUAGCCACGGUGGCGUUUGCAUUCCUGCUCCUCCCCAUGUGUCAGUACCUUAUACGGCCCUGCUCCAGUGGCACCAAGAUAUCGUUUGGAUGCUGUGGCAGAUUCACAGCUGCAGAACUGAUGUCCUUUGCCAUUUCCAUGGGGAUAGUAUUUAUAUGGAUCUUCACAGGCCACUGGCUACUAAUGGAUGCCCUGGCUAUGGGCCUGUGUGUGGCCAUGAUAGCGUUUGUCCGUCUUCCCAGUCUGAAGGUCUCCACCCUGCUGUUGUCAGGCCUGCUAAUUUAUGACGUCUUUUGGGUAUUUUUCUCUACGUACAUCUUUAAUGCCAAUGUGAUGGUAAAGGUGGCAACAAGACCCGCUGAAAAUCCGGUUGGAAUUGUUGCACAGAAGUUGAACCUGCCUCGUGCCGUCAAGGAUGCUCCACAGCUGUCCUUACCUGGAAAACUAGUGUUCCCAAGUUACCAUAACAAUGGACACUUCUCGAUGUUAGGACUGGGAGACAUAGUGAUGCCAGGCCUGUUGCUGUGCUUCGUGAUGCGGUACGACCACUGGAAGAAGAAACAUGGUGUUCAGGAGCAGCCACCCAAACCUCUGGUCCCCAACCUGACUGUUGUACACAAGCUGACUUACUUUCACUGCUCUCUUAUAGGAUACUUCAUAGGGUUACUGACGGCGACAAUAGCGUCAGAGGUGUACCGUGCAGCACAGCCAGCUCUCCUGUACCUGGUACCAUUCACACUACUCCCUCUCCUCACCAUGGCGUACCUAAAAGGUGAUUUGAAACGAAUGUGGAAUGAGCCCUUCCUGGCCCCGACUUUGCCCAAGUACCUGGAGGUAUGACACAACAUGGAGGCAGGCUGUCAGCCACCACAGAUUCCAUGGAUCUGAGUUUUAUUCCAUUAGACGGUUACAGUCACAAAGAUGAAAAAAAUCAUUGCAAAAACAGAGGAGCAAGAAAAGAAAAAAAAUAUAUAGUCUGCCUCUGGGGUGUACAGGACAUCAACUAAACACGGAGAAGAAUAUUCAGUGAAGAUAUAUAGGAGAAAGCUUUUUGUGAACAUAAAAACAAAAGACACAGCUUAUUGUUGGUAGAAUGUGUACAGGAACUUAGGAGCAAAGAACCAAGGAUCAAGCUUUGUCAGGAGACAUGGGACGCAACUUCUUGCGAAGGGAGACAUCUUUCGACCGUGACGUUACGUUGGAACAAGCGCAAAACCAAAAUUGCUAGGAGGGGAACCAAACCAACCUUUCUGGAUCGCGUGUAAGUGUAUUCAUUGGUAUAUUUUGUGGUCUGGUAGAAAAGGUGACUUGUAUUGUACUGUAAGAACCUUUUCUUUAUUCAGAUCAGUUAGCAUAUAUUCCCCUCACUUAUUUGUGUGUAGCACUAGAACUUACAGUCACACAUCUUCUUUCAAGACACAAGCUUGACUUGUAAGGUAUCUUGUAAGAGAAGUGUUGAGCUCUGCAAUGUGAAUACUGAUACCAUAUAGGGUGGCGUAUUCUCGCCACCAUAUUCAAGAAAAAAUAAAUCAAGAUAUGUGUGGAUGGUAUACGAUCCCCUUACCCUUACCUGUUCCAAUUGUGCAGUAAUUGUGAACCAACUGCUGUGUAGUAUAAAGUGAAUACUGUGCAUCUAUUAUUAACUAUGACUAGAUUACUAUGUAAAGUCCAGAGAAAAGUUAGGAUAUUGUCCUGUAUAUGACUAGAAAAUUGUCGGUUUUUAAACUUUCAAAUCAGAGUGACUCUGAGUUAUCUAGCUUUUAUUAGUCAUGUAGUACAAUUAUCGUGAUUCUUAUUGCAAGUCGGAUAUAUUUCAUAUUUGAUUGUAGAAUGGCAUAAUCAUGGACAAAAAUACCUUUAAAAUUUUGUAUUGAAUUACGUGAGGAUAACAUUAUAGUGUUUUGCUGUCCUAUUGAAAGUAGUGAUACUAGGGAAUACUUAUAGAUAAGUCAUGUUUUCAAUAGAUCGGUGAAAACUGUACUAUGAAGUUCUAUUAAUAUCGGAUGUAAUUGAUAUGUAUUUAUGUCUAGGAGGAUCCAGUGCAACAUGUAACCAGUGUAUAAAAAAACGUCAGAUAAAAUGGAGCAAUUUUCCUGGAUAGGAAAGUUGUGUUGUUGCAGAACUGUACAAAAAUAUCAACCCUGAAUGUCUCUGUACAUGUAGGUAGUUCUAUGCUUCUGCAGAGUUGCUAUAGUCAGUCUUUCUCAUGCAUCUGUCAAUGUUAAUUUCAAGGGGAGGAAAAGGGGUUCAAUGAAAGGAUUUCACUUAAAAUAGGAAUUUUCCAAGUUUCUUCAAAUGUUAGGGGUGGGUAUGCCAAAAUGUCAAUUUGAAAGUUUAAAAUCCUCAAGUUUAAACCUUUUACAAAGUACUGGCAUGAUUGGUCAAACAGUUAACUUAUUUCUGAAAAUGUAACAGUCUCAAACCAAGGAGUGUUAGGCCACCUGGGUGCAGUCAUGAUGUUCUAAAAUGCCCCCUAGCAGUUUGUUAAGGAAAAGCAGGCACCAAAUUCAGUGGCAGUGUCAAAGUACACUACCUAUCGUUCCCAACAUCCCUCUCUUCCCCCUGAUGUUAACAUUGACAAAUGCUUCACAGAUAGUCUGCAAGAGAAAUGGAGCCUGGUAUCCAGGCAUAUGUGAACUGUUCCAUUUGCAUUGUAAACUUGAGCAAGCUCUAUACUAUAGGCUACUCCACAAUCUAUCUUUACACAGUUCUCAUGCUAUAAGACAUUUGUGCAUGUGUAAUUUCUGUUGUUCCUUUUAUCUUUAAGCGAAAAGUAUCCUCGUGUCUUCUUUCCCCACCUUAACACACAGUACAUAGUAUGAAUUGUGAUGCAAUAGCUUACCAAACACAAUUCUAGUGUGAUCGUAUACAAUACCCGUGCACAUAAAGAAAUGUUUUUAAAAUGUUUUAGCGGUGUGACUGUAUUUAGUGUUAACAUGUUGAAAAAAAGUGAAGUUAUUGUUAUAUUUUUUUUCUGUGGCCAUCUAAGUUGUGCUGUUGAUGUGAAACAUAACGGCACAAUAGGUGAUUAUCAUAUAGAAUACAUAAUGCUAAUUUUAUUCUUUUUACGGAAGGUUUUUGCCUUGUCAAAUUAUACAGUGUUCCAUUGUACAUUGUAGUGCCAUAGUUUGAUGCACAAUUUGCAAAGAUGCAACUAUAAUUACUGAAAUGUGCAUAGUUUGUAUACAUUGUGCAUUGCUGUAUUAUUAUAUUGUCUCCAACUAUACAUAUACUAUACGCUGACAACAUCAUUGGAUAUGUGUAAAGUCAUAGACCUUACAUGUACAUACAGUGUAACAUAUCCUCUUACAGUUGAAACCCUGUUAAAAUUUCAACGUACUUCCAAUUCCGAUACUUAGAUUCUGAAAACUACUUACCUUCUUCAGUCACUGAACUAAGUCUUGCUCUUGUCAAGUACUUACCGAUGCUUCUGGGUUUAAAUUAACUUUUGUUUUUACUAAAUUUCCAUUAUUUUUCAUCUUUUUCAUCCUGUAGUAAUUGCAACACAUUAUAAAAACAUAACAAGCCAUAAAGGUACUAUUAUCUGGUAAAAGUGUAUAAUUUGUAGAAUAUCUGGAGGAAUUAUAGAUUAUAUGAGAUAGUACUGAAAAAAACAACAUUGGAUUAGUCAAGCUUUGAGAAGUAGGCAGCAGUAAAUGAUGUCCAAUAUGUUUUCAGUCAUGUCUUGUAUAUGGAUGUAAACUUUAACAGCUAUUGUGUAUUAUUUGCAGGCGGGCAGUCACACACGUAUUAACAUUUUGUACAGUUUUAAUCGUGACUCCAAAUUAUGAGAAUAAAGAGAUAAAA